GUGACGUCAGCCCGUCGACGCGGGGCUUUUCUUUAGCCGAGUGCCGCUAACUCGGCUGCGGUGUUUCUGCGUCUUGGCCAGGCUGUCCCUUGGCUAAGAGGGCAGCCGUCUCGGACCGACGCGGUUGGCAGGGCGGAGUGCUGCGGCCGGCCGCCUUCACCUCCCUCCCGGCUUUUCCUCCCGGCUUAUCCACCUGAGGGGCGCCUCGGAGUGGCGGAGGCCCCCGGAGGAGAGCUGGGUUGCGGGGUCCGCUCCGGGCUCGCAUGGGAAGUGGCGGGAGGAGCGACCCGGGAUGUUCAGUCUGAUGGCCACUUGCUGCGGCUGGUUCAAGCGGUGGCGGGAGCCCGUCAGAAAGGUGACUCUUGUGAUGCUGGGACUUGAUAAUGCUGGUAAAACCGCAACAGCAAAGGGAAUCCAAGGAGAAUGCCCUGAAGAUAUAGGUCCUACUGUUGGAUUUUCAAAAAUUAACCUUAGACAAGGAAAGUUUGAAGUCACCAUCUUUGACUUGGGAGGUGGAAAAAGAAUUCGGGGAAUCUGGAAGAAUUACUUCGCUGAAUCCUUUGGGGUAAUAUUUGUGGUGGAUUCAAGUGAUGAAGAGAGAAUGGAAGAGACAAAAGAUGCUAUGUCAGAAGUGCUAAGACAUCCUAGGAUAUCGGGAAAGCCUAUAUUGGUGUUGGCAAAUAAACAAGAUAAAGAAGGAGCUUUAGGAGAAGCUGAUGUUAUUGAAUGUCUGUCUCUGGAAAAAUUGGUCAAUGAGCACAAGUGCCUGUGUCAGAUAGAACCAUGUUCAGCAGUCUUGGGGUAUGGAAAGAAAAUUGAUAAGUCCAUUAAAAAAGGUCUUUAUUGGCUGCUACAUGUCAUUGCAAGAGACUUUGAUGCCUUAAAUGAACGCAUCCAAAAAGAUACAACAGAACAGCGUGCUCUUGAGGAACAAGAGAAACGAGAAAGAGCUGAACGAGUACGAAAACUACGAGAAGAAAGAAAACAAAAUGAACAAGAGCAGGCUGAGCUUGAUGGAACCAGUGGUCUGGCUGAGUUGGAUGCAGGACCAAUGAAUCCGUUCCAGCCAAUAGCAUCCGUAAUCAUUGAGAAUGAAAGAAAACUUGAAAAAGAGAAAAAAAAGCAAAAAAUGGAGAGAGACAGUGAUGGGUGCCAUCUGAACCAGAAAAUGGAGCCUGAGCAAAUGGAGACACAAGGCCAGGUUAAUGACGGUGGCCAAAAAAAUAAUGAAUUUGGACUAGUAGAAAAUUAUAAGGAAUCAUUAACACAGCAGUUAGAGAAUGAAGAUGAGACAGACCAGCCAUCAUUAGAAUCAGCUAAUGGUAAAAAGAAAACUAAGAAACUAAGAAUGAAAAGGAACCACCGGGUAGAACCACUUAAUAUAGAUGACGGUGCUCCUGAGAGUCCAACACCACCCCCACCUCCUCCUCCUGAUUUCUGUGGGAAGCCGCUGCCUCCCCUGGCUGGGCCACAGCGACCUAACAGUGAUGCUCAUGAUGUGAUCUCAUAAACAAGUCAUACUGGCAAGGUGAACUGGGACAUUCUUCUUUCUCCGAAGAAGAAACAUCCUGAAUAGUGGUAACUGGGACAAGAUAACCAUAGCGAUUUUAGUGAGAAGAUUAAUACUCAAGGACCUGACUUGAUAAUUACUUAUUUGUGUUUUUCAUGGUUAAAAAAGAAAGGAAGCACAAUGACCAGUACAUAAAAUCAGCAUUUGGACCAAAUUAGCAAGAUUUAGUAUUGACUCUGGUUUACACACUCCCACUCAUGAGCAUACUUCUGAAGGAAAACAUUAGAAAAGAGCCAGUGGACUCUGCACUUUCUUUAUUUAAGUCUGUAUUUCUAGAUAUUAAGUGUUUUUUAAAAGAUACAUGCACAUAGAAGGGGAACUUCUAGGAAUUUAUACCCAAAAUUUUAAAACUAUUUUUAUAUUUUUUUAAACUUUAAAAAUUUUAAUUACUAUGAUAUUGAUUAUAUACCUUUUUAAUAGAAGAUUUGUUUAAAUUGUGUCUGAAAAACAGUGUUAAUUUACUUUCAGACAUGAACUAUACAAACAGGAUAUAUUUAUGUGGCUUGAGGUAUGUUUUGUAAUCCUUUAAGUGUACAUCCUAAUUUGACCUAAUUUAAAAAUAAUAUAUUUUUGAAAUAGUAGAUUCUUAGAUCUUUAUUCUACCAAUUAUAUGAUUUGAAAACAGUACUCAGUGACAGAGACUGGAAAUACCUUUUGUACCUAAAUGUUUUUGAAAUUAAUUAAAACACAUUCUGUGACAUACUAUUAAAAUAUCUCGGGGCCAGGCGUGGUGCCUCAUGCCUAUAAUCCCAGCA